UAUUAAGCAUUUUGUAGUAUGUGUUCCUUAACGCAAUGAACUCGGCAAAAUUGCCGUUGUUGGUCAAGAUUUGUAUGGUAGCAUACUACACUCAGCUAUCAUAAUAUUUUAGGCAGUUUCGUGCAUAUCUGUUCUUUUUUCAAAUUCUGUGAAGCAUAAAGUAAAACUGCUUGCAAAUUAUAAAAGGCAGACAGCGUUAAACAUGGCGCGACGGAGGUCAUCCCAUGAUUCUGACGAGGAGGAAAUCGAAAUGUCCAGCCGCACACGAACGGUAGCCACGCCGACAUCCACAACCACCACUGUUCAUGAGGUCACCCAGCGAAGGAGCGCUAAAGGAUUCUGCGCUAAGCAUAAGCAUAUGCUCAUCGGCGCCACCAUAAUAGCCUUUGUACUCUUGGUCGUGCUGCUGACUCUAGGUCUAACCGGAGUAUUUGAUCCCCCUCUUGGGAAAGAGGCAACUCCGCCCAUUCCCGGCCCCACAACGCCCCAGGUAACUCCGCCCACAGCAGGGCCCACAACACCGCCACCCCCUGUCGCCCUUGAACGCCGCGUGGAAUGCUGGCCCGAUCGCAACAUCACUUCGGAAGCAGAAUGCAAGGAGAAUCCUAACUGUCAAUACGAAGGAAAUUCCACUAGCUUACAGUGUUUUCUAAACCCCGCAUCGGUGGAUUACACGGUGCAACGGUUACCCGCUCAGCGGGCGGUUGCAGCGGAACACUACCGCUUGAACGCAAAACACAGCAGUCAGCACUAUUCGCGAAAGUUUACCGACCCGCGGAUGACCAUUCAACGGCCGUCGCGCAAACUUCUCCGCUUUAAACUUUUUGAUGCUGCUGAGGAACGAUACGAAGUACCCAUUCCGGUUAACUUACCGAAAGAGGAUUCCAGCGUCAGUGCCUCUAAUACGGAUUACGAUAUUCGCAUCAAUGGAAACCAAAUGUCCGGAUUUCAAAUUGUUCGGCGAAGCUCUGGAGCAGUCAUUAUGGAUCUUGGUUUGGGAGGUUUGGUUUUGGAGGAUCAGUUUCUGCAGAUUGUUACCAAACUUCCAACUGAAGAUGUAUACGGAUUCGGUGACAACCGGCAUCCGACUUUGAAACAUCAAAUGGAUUGGAAAACAUGGCCGAUGUUUUCUCGUGACGAACCUCCGACCAACGCCGACAGCGUCGCCAACUUGUACGGUGUGCAUCCAUUCUAUAUAUGCUUCGAGCCGGACGGAAAUGCUCACGGUGUUCUGCUGAUGAACAGUAAUGCAAUGGAGUACCGCUUCCAGCCCGCCCCAGCUUUAACUCUUCGCUCGAUUGGUGGUAUUUUUGAUUUCUAUAUAUUUAUGGGACCAACACCCGAAAAUGUGGUGCAACAGUAUACAGAGCUGGUUGGAAGGUCGUUUAUGCCGCCUUAUUGGGCCUUGGGUUUCCAAAUUAGUAGAUGGGGCUUCAAAAAUUUAGCGGAAGUGCGUGAAGUAGUUGACAGAAAUGUCGAAGCUUCCAUUCCAUUGGACGCUGUAUACGGCGACAUCGACUACAUGAGACAUCGACAGGAUUUUACAUACGAUAACGACGCAUACUCCGGACUUCCGGCCUAUUCAGAGGAACUGCACAGCAAAGGAAUGCGAUAUGUUAUCAUUCUGGAUCCGGCAAUUCAUGCUGAUGCCGCCGUUAAGCAUCCUAACGACCCACCGUAUCUGGCGUACGAAAGAGCAAAAGAACUGGAUGUAUUCCUUAAAUGGCCACUAAACUUCAACGAAACCUUCCUAAGUGCAAAUCCAGAGACGACUAAUGUAAACCGAACAAUUUUUGGCAAGGUGUGGCCGGAUGGAAGAUCAGCUUUUCCUGAUUUCAUGCGAAAUAGCACAGAUCAAUGGUGGACUGAAAUGAUUGAUUACACUUACAACACUCUGGGGAUUAAAUUUGAUGCCAUUUGGAUAGACAUGAACGAAGUCUCAUCAUUCGAUACAAAUAAUCCUGGACCAAUCAACGCGAACACCAGCUGGUACUGCGACAAACCACACGAACUUGCGGGCAACCAUACUUGUUUUGCGUUACAAUGCCCUCCCGACAGCAAGUAUGAGCUUCCUCCGUAUCGUCCAGUGGCAAUCAGACAUUUUGCUACCUCAAAAAACUUGCCAAACUGGGAAACUCUCUUGUCGGACAAAACGGUGUGCAUGGAAGCCGAAGGGAAUCUGAACGGAAAAAAUACCGUCAAUACGACGUGCACAGCAUUUAUGGACAUUUCCAGUCUGAAGCAACGUACAAGUGAAGCAACCGCCAAUGUUUUGCAUGAGCGUGGAUUUGUGUUUUCUCGUUCCACAUAUCCAGGCAGUCAGAAAUAUGCCGGCCACUGGUUAGGUGACAAUGCGGCCAAUUUUGCCGAUUUGCGGUAUUCGUUUAUUGGAUUGCUGGAGUACAGCAUGUUCGGUUUUCCCUACGUCGGAGCCGACAUUUGUGGGUUUUUCGAUAACUCAACAGAUGAACUGUGCAAGCGCUGGUUAGUGGCCGGGGCCUUCUAUCCCUUUGCACGCAACCAUAAUCAUUUUGGCCCAAGAGCGCAGGAUCCCGCCAGCCGGCCAGAACACGUUCAGGAUGCUGCUCGGAGAGCGCUCAGAAUCCUAAAUCGCCGCUGGAAGCUGGUAAGAAUUCUGUUCCAACCAAAAUUUUCUUAUUACACGAUUAUAAUCUUAAUGGAGAGGCACAGCAGUAAUAUUUUUGCUUACCAUUUUCACAGUCGCCAAAACCCCUUCCGAUUAUUAAUUGCGGUCGAUGGCCGGACUCCACAUGCCAGAGGUGAACUCUUUUGGGACGACGGCAUCGGUGCCGAGACUUACGAAGAUGGAAAUUAUUUCCGUGCAGAGAUCUCGUUUUCUCUGCCAGAGCUGAAAUUGUCGUACAAAGUGGCUCAUCAGGGAAGAAACAAUGGCACUUCCCAGCCGGAUAUUAGCUUGCUUUCUUUAGCAGAAUUAAGAAUCUACACAAACGAAAUUCUGCCAACCGCUGAUCUCACAUUUUUCGGGGAGGGCUUUUCAGUAAAUGAAUCCACAUUUAUCGCAUCUAUGAACGGAUCGAUUUUCAGCUUAACCGGCGCGUUUCCCCUGCAUCAGUCCUUCGAAUUAUCCUUUAUGCCGCGACAGGUUGUUGAGAGAGUCAAUUGUGCGCCUGAAGGAAACAUUGACUCCUCGCGUUGUGCAGCCAAAGGAUGCAGUUUCGAUGACACUAUUUCUGGCGUAUCGCUUAUGCCAAGGUGUUACUUCAACGCUGCUGAACAAGGUUAUAGAAUCGAAAGUAACCCGAGAGCGACAGCCGAAUCCAAAAUUCUGGUCUCUCCAAACAUCAGUCAAUCUGUUUCCGGUAGCGCUGUGAUAGGAAGAGUGCAAAUGAAUGUCUUCCGAUAUUCAACUUCGACAAUGCGGUUCAGAUUCACUGAUGCGGCAAACCCACGCUAUGAAGUUCCGCAAUCGCUUAUGGAGCUUCCUGUACCGGAUUCUGCUACCAUUCCACCAUUUCCACAGGACGAAGCGCUGUAUGAAAUUUCAUACCAAGAAAAUCCAGCACUUCCUUUUAGUUUCCGAAUAAAUCGCCGAGCAGCAAAUACAACAAUAUUUGACACCUCGUUGGGCGGAUUUGUAUUCGAGGAUCAAUUUCUUCAGGUCACAACCAGGUUAGCCAGCACUUAUGUGUAUGGGUUUGGAGAGAACCGCCACAAUAGUUUCCGCCACAAAAUGGACUGGAGGGUUUGGCCAAUGUUUGCUCGCGACGAAGGUCCCAUUGACCCGACGCGUCCAACAAAUCAUUAUGGAGUACAUCCAUUUUACAUGGUUGUGGAAGAUGACGGUCAUGCCCAUGGAGUAUUCUUCCUGAACAGCAAUGCGAUGGAAUAUCAAUUUCAACCUGCUCCGGCUUUGACAUUAAGGUCGACUGGAGGCAUAUUCGACUUUUUCAUCCUGAUGGGCCCGAACGUGCAAGAUGUUCUUGAGCAAUACACAAGCCUGAUCGGACGUCCUACAUUGCCGCCAUACUGGGCAUUAGGAUUUCAGAUCUGCCGAUGGGGUUACAACAACCUGACGGACGUGCAACAAGUGAUCGAACGUACACGCUCUGCUGGCAUUCCCCAGGAUAUUCAGUACAUCGAACUGGAUUAUAUGAACAAACGUCAGAUGUUCACCAUCGAUACCGAAAAUUUCCCUGAUGUCACCCAGUUUGCCAAUAACUACCGAACAAAUAACGGCCUGAAGUUUCUUUAUUUACUGGAUCCAUUUAUCCAUGCCGACACAGAAUUACUGUAUCCUGCUGAAAACGGGACUAAUCCAUCUUAUACUGAUGGCUUGGCUAACGAUGUUUUCAUUACAUGGCCCCAAGAAUAUACUGGUGCCCAAAAACCGAAUCAUAUCGAUCCAGUCAGUAUUGGUCCGAAGCGGGUAAUGCUAGGAAAGGCAUGGCCUGACGGUAAAUCUGCAUAUCCAGAUUACUUCAAAAAAUCGACUGCAGAGUGGUGGAAACGCUGGAUUAACAGUUCAACAGGAUUUUUCGAAUUUGAUGGAUUAUGGAUAGACAUGAACGAGCCUGUGGCAUUCGAAACGAAUAUAAUCGACGCUCAGAAAGCUUGGUUCUGCUCAUCCGGAUCUAAUCUAAACGGAAACCACACUUGUUGGGGCCUUCAGUGCCCGGAAGAUAAAUGGGAUAAACCUCCUUAUUUACCGGCUGCUGCAACCAUUUGGAAAGGAUCAAACUACAGAAAUCUCUUAUCGGACAAAACCCUAUGCAUGUCCGGCGAGCAGUUCAUCGAUGAGUUUGACGGAAGCCGAAAACCUGUUCGGCACUAUGACGUUCACAAUCUUUAUGGUAUUCAGCAGACCAGGGUCACCAAAAAGAUUGCCGAGGAGUUGACGAACAAACGCAGCUGGGUCAUUUCGCGCUCCACUUAUCCUGGAAGUGGCCGAUAUGCCGGCCACUGGCUAGGUGACAACAAAGCACAGUGGUCGGACAUGCACUACUCCAUCAUCGGCAUGUUCGAAUUCAACAUGUUUGGAGUGCCAUAUGUUGGGGCCGAUAUUUGCGGAUUUUUCGAAGAUACCACCGAAGACUUGUGCCGUCGGUGGCAAGUACUGGGUGCCUUUUAUCCCAUGUCCCGAAAUCAUAACACCCGCGGCACUCGUGAUCAAGAUCCGGCGCAGUGGGCAGCUGUUGCGGCUGCAACCAAAGACGCGUUGAACAUUCGCUACGAGUUACUGCCGUACUUGUACACUCUCUUCUACCACAUGCACGUUGAUGGCGCAACCGUGGUCCGACCCCUGUUUUACGAAUACGAUACCGGCAUUCAUGAUAAGAAGGUCUUGGACAUUGACACACAGUUCUUGUGGGGAGCCGGUAUUAUGUUUGCCCCGUUUCUGUACGAAAAUCAGAAAGUCGUUGAGGUGUACUUCCCUGAUGAUGUCUACUAUCAUUAUCGAACUGGUCAGAAAAUUAGCGGACCGGCACACAUGGAAUAUUUCAUGGAAGAAGAUCUGACAGCGGGAAUCGGAAUUUUCGUUCGUAGUGGUUUUAUUAUUCCGAUCCAAAAAACGAAUAACGCACUUUCCACAAGAGAUAUGCGCAACAAUGCUUUUGGACUUAUCGUGGCAUCACCUGCUAAUGUCGUCUCAGACAACUUCACAACUUCGGCGAAUGCCCAUGGCAGUUUGUUUUGGGACGACUGGGACGGUCAAAAUACUAUUCAAAAUGACGAUUACUAUGCGGAGCUUGUAUACGUGAAACAGGAUUUCAACACCGAUAUGAUGUCAAGAGCAACUAUUAACGUCAUCGUUCACCGCAAUUUCAAUAACAAACACCUGGCGAAUAUUACGGUGCAAGAUGUCAGAAUUCUUGGCUACGUAUCCAGCAGAGGAGUGGUGAAUGGAUCUGAUUUUGUCGCAUAUGUUGAUGGAAUCCGAGCGACCUCGGCCCGGUUCGAUUAUGAUAGUCAAAAUCAGGUCUUGACUGUUUCCGGCAUCCACCUUCCUCUUGAGCGUAAUUCGUUCCUAAUCAUAUAUGACAAAGACAUUGAUUAUUACAUUGACUGUCAUCCGGACGAGGGCGCCACCGCAGAGGCAUGCCUGAGCCGGGGUUGCGCUUGGAACGAUCAAAAUCUAUCAGCCAGACAACCGGCUUGUGCAUAUCCGACGUCAAAUUAUUUCCGAAAAGGAUACUCACUGAAAGAGACCUUCGCUACUGAAGAAAAUGGAACGUUCUCCGCUUUAUUAAAAGCUGAUCCUUCACUGUCGGCUAUUCGGCCGGAAGUUAUCCAGAACGUCCUCUUGGAAAUUCACUCCAUAAGUGACAAUGUUCUGCAGAUAAAGUUUACGGAAGACAAAAAGGAACGCUAUCAAGUCCCGUGCGAUUAUGCUCCCUUCAGCUGCAAUCAGCCGAAGAACGCAGCGAAUCCACAUUACAGUUUCGAGGUCACUGGAUUACCGGGUCGGGCGUCUUCCGUUCGCGUUGUCCGAAAAGCUACCGGCAAAGUCAUUUUUGAUACCAAUAUUGGAGCAAUGAUUUUUGCUAACCAGUAUCUGGAAAUUUCCACUCGUCUUCCAUCGAAAGAUGUGUAUGGAUUUGGUGAACAUUCUCACAAUAGUUUCCGGCACGACUUGAACUACAAAUCAUGGGGGAUGUUUUCACUGGAUCAGCCGCCAGGUGGAGAACAAAACCUAUACGGAGUACAUCCGUACGCUAUGGUGGUCGAAGACGACGAUGGGCACGCUUUCGGGUUAUUAUUACUGAACAGUAAUGCAAUGGAGGUGCAUUUAACAUCUUUACCGUCAUUAACAUACCGGACUACCGGAGGUAUUUUGGACUUUUAUUUGUUCUUGGGCGACUCGCCAACGGAAGUUACGAAGCACUACCUGGAGACAAUUGGCAAACCGUUUCUGCCUCCGUAUUGGGCGUUAGGAUUUCAGAUCAGUCGAUACGGUUAUAAUACACUGGACAACAUGCGUGGUGCUGUCGAACGAACGCGUGCGGCCCAGAUUCCCCUGGAUGUGUUCUACGGCGACAUCGAUUAUUUUGACGGGGAGAAGAAUUUUAUCAUUGGUGAAGCCUUUAAAGAUCUGCCGGAGUAUGUGGCGAACAAGUCUGCAGAUGGGCUCCAUUUUGUUACCAUUCUCGAUCCGUGCAUUUCAACGAGUCUGACGAAUAAUGAACCGUUUGUUCGUGGACUUUCCCAACCGAAUGCAUUUAUUCGCUGGCCAGCGGGCUAUGUCGACCCAAAUAAUCAAAGUUAUACUACAAUAAACAGCAGCCAGCCAUCGUAUUUAAUGGGUCACGUUUGGCCCUCUGACCCCGCUGUAUUUGUGGACUUUUUCCAUCCCGCCGGUCAGCAGUACUGGGACCAGGAAGUGCGAGAGUUCCAUAGCAAGAUCGAUUUCAGCGCUUUAUGGAUUGACAUGAACGAACCGGCAAGUUUCGGUACCAAUGGGGACGACGUCUGGUACAACAGCUAUACAAACGCAAAAGACUGGUUUCUGAAAUGUGACUCUGCAAGUCACCUGGAAAGUCCACCUUAUCGUCCACGGACACUUGCAGGAAGAACAGAGCAUAGCAAACCGUACCGACUUUCAUACAAGACCAUCUGCAUGGAUGCCGUACAAGGCGUCAACGACGCGUACCAACAGUACAACACUCACUCUCUUUAUGGACAUAGCCAAGUAGAGCCUAGUUUAAGGGCAAUGCAAAGUAUUACUGGUAAAAGAAGCUUCGUAUUCAGCCGAUCAACUUUCGUUGGUAGUGGCAGUAAAUCAGGUCACUGGCUCGGAGACAAUAAUGCGGACUGGAAUCAGCUGCGCCAAUCCAUUAUCGGAAUGCUUGAAUUCAAUUUGUUUGGAAUACCUUAUGUAGGAGCCGAUAUUUGCGGUUACUUUACAAAUACAACCAACGAGCUGUGCAGUCGCUGGAUGCAGCUUGGAUCGUUCUAUCCAUUCUCGCGUAACCACAACGGAAAGGGCUACUUGGAUCAAGACCCUGCCUUCCUUGGCCCGGAUGUUGCCGAAGCAUCGCGUAUUGCACUGGGUCACCGCUACAGAUUGCUACCGUUGCUCUAUACUGCUUUCUGGUCGGCAUCCAAUAAAGGCGAAACCGUUGUACGCAGUUUGAUGGAAGUCUUCCCCAAAGAUCUUGUGGCCCGUAACAUCGACCGUCAAUUUAUGUGGUCAAACAGCCUUCUCAUAUCACCAGUUCUAGACCCGGGACACACCACCGUCCGGGCUUAUUUCCCGGAUUCACGAUGGUUCGACUUCGUUACAGGGGAAGAACUUAAUGUCACCUCUGAUGACCGUUACAUGGAGCUUCAGGCUAAUCUGACCACCAUUCCUUUCCACGUGCAGGGUGGCUCCAUUUUGCCGCUGCAAGAGCCCAAAACGACAACACGAGAUAGUUUGAAAGAACCGUUUAGCUUAUUUAUUGCUCCUGACCGCGUCAAUAUGGCGUCCGGAAAGCAAGCAUGGGACGGCGGAGACGACAUAAUCACGAAUGCGACAGAAACUUUGGUGGUGAAUUAUUAUAUGUCCUUUACUGAGUCUGCAAACGGAAGCCAGGUUUUCACAAUUCACGCUGACUCAAACCUGGAUGCGAAUGCCUCAUUGCCCAGUUAUGUGACAUCUAUGUCGAAACUCACAGCCAUCACUGUAACUGGUUUCCCGCCUCACGAAAAGAUCGAUGUAACGAAUAAUUCUCCUAGUACUAACGGCAAUGGUAUCGCUAAUACGGAAGUGGCAUAUGAUGCGUCAGUCAAGACACUGCGGUUGACUAACUUGGAUAUUAAUGUCGCAAGAAACUGGGAAAUAAAUAUUUUGAUUUGAUGGGAACUCAACUCAGCAUGAAGCACAAAAGCAAAAAUGAUAUUUAUUGCUGUUAUUCAGAAGUUUCUCCUUGCUAUGAAACUGCAAAACGACUAUUACAAGACUUCAACCGGUUAGAUUUUUUAAUAUUUUGUUAUGCGUGGGGUUUGGUGGAAAUGGGUUUAUGAUUCAAGUAUUUGUGCCACUAUAAUUAUGUAAUCUUCGAUGCAUUUACAUCCCGGUACAGACUUGUGACAAUCACUCUUCACAACGAGUUUUAUUCCUGUAUAAUUAAUUAAACAAAUGCAAAAAUUAAAAUUCAGACUAAAACAGAGAA